AUGGCGACUUCAGCAGCCAUUGGUGCGAGGACAUCAGCUAUGGUGCAUGGCGAUCCACAACUUAGCUCUGCUAUUCACAGUCUAUAUCUCUCGGGGCCGACCACCUCUGACACGUAUUUUCCGCUCUCAAAUGGCAUCAACAGGAUAGAGUCGCCACUCAUCUUCUGCGACAUCGACUCCGACAUCUCGGCCACACCUUCGCCAACCGAACCUCCAACAUCGGCGCUCUCUGCAGCUUUGACAGAUGCGACCUCAAUCUCUGAAGCAGAGAAAAGAGCUCGCAGCCCAGAUACCUCGUCGCACUUGCUGGCAAAGAAGAUGCGAACGAUGACCCUGCCAGCGUUCCAGACUAGCCACACAUCAUACCCUUUGGGAAGAUCAACAUGGCGUAACAGCAUCGGCAGCGACAACAGAUCACUGCUGAGGGGAGCGACGUUCUCUGAAAGAAACCCUGCGUUACUCGACCAAGCCAGCUCCUUCAAGGACUUUGUGUCCCCGGAGCUUUCUUCUUUCAGACCUGAAGUUGUCGGUCCGCAAGGGGUUGGUCCCUUGGCCCGGACAUCGAUCCAAUCAUCAACACGCAGAUCAUCCUUAAUCGAACGAGACUCCAGUCCAGAGUACGAUGGCACGCCCUCUUAUGCGCAAUCUUUACACCUUGUCGAUACAGAUGUUUCCAUUUACAAGAAGGUACAUGGAGACGAGUGGAGGGAAAACUCGCUCUGCUUGCAUUGCUUUCGUCGACAUGGCAACUUCAGGAAGCUCACUCUGUACGGCUAUGAGAUGUGCGGACGUAAUGAAGCGCUGGAGAGCCAUUACUGGGAAUCUGGUGGCGAUGAUGGGUAUGACUGA